AUGUCUGCCGAGUACACCCCCGAGACCUCCACUGGCGUCGCUGCCGACAACGACUACGCCAGCCGUACUGGCCAGAGCGAGAUCCCCGUCCAGAAGGAUGAGGCUGGCAUUGAGGACCCCAUUGACCCUGACACUGCCGAUUCCGACAAGGUUCUUGAGCAAGACGAGAAGGCCGCCAUGAACGAGGACAACAUUCUCGACGAGCGCACCCGUGGUGCCGCUAAGCCCAAGGGCUCGUACACCGAGCCUGGCGAUGAGGAGGGUCUUCCUGGCGCCGAGGACGGCACCUCUGCUGGUGCUGCUCAGUAA